CCACCUCAAAACCGCUCCGCUCCAGCCUCUUACACCCAGCAACCGGGGGGUAGAGAAAACGACCAACCUACACCACCACCACCACCACAACCCCCCCCCCGAUAAACCAGCACCAUGGCCGGAGGCGCAGCCAAAUACCGCCACCUGAGCCGCAAGUCGUCGCACCGACAAGCCCUCCUCCGCAACCUGGUCACCUCCCUCUUCACGCACGAGUCGAUCACCACCACAUGGGCCAAGGCCAAGGAAGCCCAACGACUAGCCGAGAAGCUGAUCACUCUGGGCAAGAAGAACACCGAAGCCAGCCGGAAGAGCGCCCUGGCUACGUUUUACACCCCCCACUCCAUCCUCCCCAAACUCUUCGGUCCCCUGCGGGAACGCUACGCCAACCGACCCGGCGGCUACACGCGGGUGCUGCGCGUGGAGCCCAAGAAGGACGACCAGGCGGAGAGCGCGAUCCUGGAGCUGGUCGACGGCCCCAAGGACAUGCGGUUCGCCCUGACGGCGCGGACCAUUGCGCGCCAGCGCGCCCAGGGCUUCGACACCCUCAACGAGAUCACCGCGCUGAAUGUCCGCAAGGUGACGCGGUUCCGGGACGGUGGGGUCGAGGCCCUCGAGGAUGAGGUGCAGAAUCCAACGCCACGUCGAAACAACCUGGCACUCCCUCGGAACCUGCAGCAUGGCCCCGCGGGCCGGCAACGCCCUCGCCCCACAGGGUGGAGUCGUCGACGAGCGCCUGAACGUCCACGGCGUGCAGGGCCUCAAGGUCGCGGAUCUCUCCAUCUGUCCGGAUAA